UCUUGGCGUUGGCAAGUGCCUGAAAAUAUGACAUUUUUCUUCUGGCUUGGGAAAAGUGAGAGACUGAUUACCAACAAAUUAAGAGCCAUAAGAGGGAUGUCAGAGACGGCGGAAUGCCCUUUAUGUCACCAGCGAAUGGCUUCAAUGGAACAUGUCGAAAAACCCGGCUCAAGCUCGGUUCAGAAGGUGGCCAUGGACUAGAAUCUUUGGUCAUGUUUGCCGGCUCAUUUGGAAAGCACGGUGCUCAAGGAUCUUUGAAGGAACUGUUCGGACCCGGCUCAACCUGCCAACAAUGUAUUUUCCAUCUGAUGGACACAGCCACAGGAAAGUAUAGACAUCUUUUGCUAAAGGGAAACGAGGAGAGGAGUUUAAGAUCGACACCUCCCCCGGCGGACACACUACGGAUACGGAUCGAUGUUGAUGCAUCAGUCCGGUAAAAUAUGCGGAGGGGUUAUGAGGAACGCGGAGGGAGAAUGGGUGUUGGGAUUCCAACAUGCACUGGGAAAAUUCCCUGUUACCAUAGCAAAGGUCCCUGCGAUUGAAACGGGAAUCCAAGUCUGUGCAAUUACUCUUCAGAGACAACCCAUCCACCUGUUUUCAGAUUCGAUAGAAGCAAUCAACACUUUGUUGAGAGAUAAUGGAGUUAAUCAUCCGUUUCAGAGAGAAAUUGAAGAGACACGCCAACUACUGUAUAAAAGCCAACAAGUUCAGUUUUGGUGCUCAUCACUUUGAUGAGAAUGUUAAACUCA